AUGAAAUUCCUUAUUGCUUUCGCUCUGUUUGCCGUGGCCUCGGCCGGCGUAAUUCCUCCCGCUGUCAUCACCAGCGAGAACCCGGAGAUCCAGGAAAUCGUAGCCGCCAUCCAGAGCCCAAGCACAGAUCCCGCCACUGCUGCCGCUCUCGAGCAGUUGCUUCUCCAAGUUCUUGGUCUCGCCGAGCCCGAGCCCAUUGCUGUCGGACCCGCACUCGUCGACAACGAGGAACCCAUUUCCAUUGGACCCGCUCUCGUAGACAAUGAAGAACCCAUUUCCAUCGGACCCGCACUCGUUGACAACGAGGAACCCAUUUCCAUUGGACCCGCUAUCGUUGACGAAUACGAACCCAUUUCUAUUGGACCCGCUCUCAUUGAUUUCCCCCUACCCCCUACUCCUGUUAAGCCCACCCCCGUCGGUCCCCCUGCUAAGGCUCCUCUAGUUCAAAUCAUCCUGAACAUUCAGUCCUCUUCUGAUGUAGCUGUUGAGAGCAACCCCACCCCUGAGCCCGUUAUUAUUGACAGGCCAAUCGUUCCCAACCCCGAGGUUGUCGAAGAGAAGCCUAUUAUCCCUACGCCCGUGAUCGUGGUCGACAACCCUGAGGCUCCUGAGUCAGUUAUCGUAGUGGACAAGCCCGUUGUCCCUGAGCCCAUCGUUCCUGAGCCCGUCAUCGUUGUAGAACAGCCAAGCAUUCCUGAAGCUGUCAUUGUCGCUCAACCUAUCGUUCCUGCCCCUGCUGUUGUCCUUCCUGACAUUCUUAAC